CCUGUCCGGCUCCCCGCGCGCCCGGCUUCCCGAAGCAACGCCCUGGCGACGGGACUGGGAACUCUCGGCGUGGGAGUUACCUUUCCGUUCGGCUUCCCCAGACAGACCCCAAAGACCCGAAACCGGGGCGGGGGUGGGGUGGGCGGAGGGAAAUUCCUACCCGGCCCUCGGCACCCCCCCUCCGCCCCCAGUUUUUGUCCCCGGCUCGCUGCCUUUCUCGCUCCGAUGCAGCCGAGCCUCACCACCACUUCUAGGUGGCCGUCCGGCGGAGGCGGUGGCGAGCUCCGGGGCUCUGGACAGGGAAAUGGGGCAGGGAGAAAACCAAAAGCCAAGGCACCACUUCCUCCAGCUGAGACCAAAUACCUUGAUGCCUCUUCAGUUGAUGAUACUGUAGACUCCUCUGCUUGCAUCAUGGAACAGAAAGAAAACAUGAUAGAUAAAGACAUUGAACUCUCAGUGGUGCUACCUGGAGAUAUUAUCAAAUCCACUACUGUUCAUGGCAGUAAACCUAUGAUGGACUUGUUGAUAUUCCUCUGUGCACAGUAUCACUUAAACCCAUCAAGUUACACAAUUGAUCUGCAGUCAGCUGAAAAUAACCCCAUUAAAUUUAAGCCAAACACACCAAUAGGAAUGUUGGAGGUGGAGAAAGUCAUUUUAAAGCCAAAAGUUUUGGAUAAGAAAAAACCUACACCUAUAAUACCAGAGAAAACUGUGAGAGUCGUGAUCAAUUUUAAGAAAACGCAGAAGACAAUAGUGAGAGUUAGCCCACAUGCACCACUUCAAGAACUUGCCCCCAUUAUAUGCAGCAAAUGUGAGUUUGAUCCACUGCAUACACUGUUGUUGAAGGAUUAUCAAUCUCAGGAGCCCCUUGAUUUGACAAAAUCUCUUAAUGACCUGGGACUAAGAGAAUUAUAUGCCAUGGAUGUCAGCAGAGCCACUUCUGUUACUGCCUCCAAUAAGUCAUCUUUACAAGAAUCCUGCCAAAUAUCACAAAACCUAGACAUUAUGAAGGAGAAAGACAAUAAAGGUUUUUUCAGCUUUUUUCAACGCAGUAAGAAAAAGCGGGAACAGACUGCAAGUGCUCCUGCAACUCCUCUAGUAAGUAAGCAUCGCCCGGCUUUUACUAGGUCCAAUACCAUUUCCAAACCAUACAUUUCAAACACGCUGCCGUCGGAUGCGCCCAAGAAGAGGCGGGCUCCACUGCCUCCAAUGCCAGGGUCUCAGAGCGCCCCGCAGGACCUUGCUCACAUCCAGGAGAGGCCAGCUUCUUGUGUAGUGAAAUCCUUGAGUGUGGAUGAAACAGAUAAGAAUCCCUGUGGAGCAGGCAUAGUGAGGACCGGCUCGCUGCAGCUCAGUGGUACAUCUGUUGGCAACUCAUCUUUGAAAAGGACAAAGCGAAAAGCACCUUCCCCACCCUCCAAAAUGCCCCUGCCUCUAAGUGAUGAAGAUAAUCAUGUGACUGUCCUACAGGCGGGACGUGCAGUUCCUACAGACAGUGCUAUGGAAGCCAGCUGUCCCGAGGGGCCGUCCAACCCAGAUUUUACUUCUUUGGCAGAAGCCUCCCUUGGCCCUGGGCUCCCCAGUCACGAACAGUGCACUGUGCCCAGAUCGCCGGAUGAAGCCUCUCUCUCGGAGUGCCCUGGAACACCCGAGGCGGCCGUAGCAUCUCUGACACCUGGAAUAAGCUCUGAUCGUAGCCUUGAAGAGAUAGAUGAAAAGGAAGAACUGAGUGAAGUGCCUAAAGUUGAGGCUGAAAAUGUUUCUGUGAAGUCACAAGAUAUUCCUUUUGGAUCUACUGAUACAAUAAAUACACUGAAAAAUGAUCCUAACUCAGCCCUUGGCAAUGUUACUGGAGAGUCCGCACAAAACUUCAAAGAAGAAAAACAAGAAGCUAGAAACACAGAUGGACAAGGGCCACACAUUAUGGUAUAUAAUGCAAGCAAUGAAGAGAGAGUAGUGGACAGUGUAAGAAACUUGAAGUCAUUGGGCUCAAACCAGGAAAAUGUAGAUCAAAAUGAAAUAAUUGUCAUUCCAACGGACACAGAAAAGAAUAUGAAAAAUGGAGUGAGGAUAACAGAAAUCAAUGUGGGAGGUGUUGCCAAAGAUAACAGUGUGGACAUGGGAGCUGACAGACUAUCAAACUAUCAGGCACAUGAAACUGAUACUGCUGAAAGUUACAAGGAAAAUCAUCUAGCUCCAUCAUUAGUAGCAGGCCAAAAACUGAAUCAACCCAGUGAGGAAAAGACAAAAAUGCAAGAUGCGGCGAUUCAGACAAACCCUUCCUCUGACAGUUUUGAGGGGAAUCACCAAGGUCAUCAUUUGUCUAAUUUCAAAGUUAAUGAAAGUGUGCAAACUCCAAGUAACGAUAAAGCAACUCAACCCUCAUCUCUAAGUCCCCAAGAUUCUGCUGUAGAUGCCUCAAGGAAAUUCAGGAGUCAGGGCCCCCUAAACGUACAUUCAGAGAAUCAACUCACCAUAAAAGAUCCAGUUUGUGCACGUGGUAAUGAUGGCCUUUUGCCUUCUGUAGAUGGGAUUGAUAAAAACUCAACUAUUUCAAAGAAUUAUCCACUUUAUAGACAAGACUAUGAUCCCAAGCCAAAACCUUCAAAUGAAAUCACAAGAGAGUACAUACCCAAAAUUGGAAUGACUACUUAUAAAAUAGUGCCUCCCAAGACCCUGGAGAUACUGAAAAAUUCGGAAUCAGAAACCACUGGGUAUAAAGAUGACCACGAGAUCCAUACUUUAGGAAAAAAGCACACUGGUGAAAAUGUGAAAGAAACUGCAAUCCAAACAGAAGAUCUUGUUAUUUCCGACAACCCAAAGGAGCCACAGGCAGACCUUAAACUACAGCCGAGCCCAAGAACAGAGCAUCAGGUCCACGGUGUGGAGAACUCACCCUGCAUUGCCAUGGGGAGUCCUCUGAAACCUACUCCCAGAAUGACAAGGGACACUGGCACAGCUCCUUUCGUGCCAAAUUUGGAAGAUAUAAACAAUAUUUUGGAGUCAAAACUUAAAUCUCGGGUUUCAAAUCCCCAGACCAAACCAAGUUCUUUUUUCCUACAGAUGCAAAAAAGAGUUUCAGGUCACUAUGUGACAUCUGCAGCUGCCAAAGGUGUCCAUGUGGCCCCUAACCCUACUCCGAAAGAACUAAUAAAGAAAGAGGGGGAAAGGGAAGUGAUACCUCCUCCAGAACAAACUCUUUCUCCCUUAAGUAAAACAACUCCGUCUCCUCCACAGCCCCAGAUUAAAAAUGCUGAUGAUAACAUCAGCAACCAGAAGCCUACUGAAACCCCUCCACCUCCCAUAGCCCUGAGACCUGUUCCUCUUCCUGCGAAUCAAUUAGCUGCACUAAAUCUGAAGACUUUGAAAACUUUUGGUGCACCAAGACCUUACUCAAGCUCUGCUCCCUCACCCUUUGCCCUCGCUGUAGUGAAACGGUCACAGUCUCUCAGCAAAGUGCGCACAGUGUCAUGCAGUGAGGGUGCAGCUGCCCGACCUCCACCUGACACAGAAGAAGGGAAGGCUCCUUCUGUAAAUAAAUUUGUGGGCAUCCCACAACUACUUGUGAGUGAUAAGGGAAAUAACUCUGCACAUAAUGAACAGAAUUCCCAAAUACCAUCUCCAACUGACUGCCCAUCAUUCAUUCUUAAGAGACAAAGUUCUUUAACAUUCCAAAGCUCUGACCCAGAACAGAUCCGACAGAGUUUGCUCACUGCAAUCCGUUCUGGAGAGGCUGCUGCCAAAUUGAAAAGGGUUACUGUUCCAUCAAAUACAAUAUCUGUGAAUGGAAGGUCAAGACUCAGCCAUUCCAUGUCCCCUGAUGCCCAGGAUGGCCAUUAAAUGUGCCCUGUCACAAUGCACUUCACCACCUCUGUUUCACAGAACAGUGUCAUGCUGAUGGAGAAUGUUGGCCAAUGUAUAUCCAGAUGUACACUAAUAUAUUGUCUAUUAAAGUGUAAGAAUUUGUGCUGUGGCUUUUAAUGCCAAAAGAAGAAUUACAGAAUUUAUAAGUUAUAAUAUUUUGGGCCUUUUUUUUUUUUUUUUUUUUUUGCCUUAAAAGCUGACUAUGCUGCUUUAGAACUUUAAGACAAGGUGUUAAUGACUUUCAUUUUUCUCAAAUGAGACUUUGUCACCUUUUGUGGAUUUCACUUACUGACACAUUCUCUACAAUGGUGACUUAGACAAAAGAAUAAAUUAAGAUUCAUAGACUUGUAUUUGUGUGACACAUAAAAAGGUAGGCAAAUGUAGAUCUGACAUUUGCUGCCUCAAUGUUACAGUUUAAUUGAAAUUGUUUGUAAGUUAUAUUAAAGUGUAUUUUGGCUGAAAGUAUGAUCUAGAGAUCUAAGAAUAUCAAAUAAGUAUAUUUGGUUCGACAGUUCAUUUAAAUGAUGAAUCACUUAGUGUGCAAGCCUUAUCUUGUGUGUUCUUUAUGUAAUUACAAAAUCAAUGUCAAAUUUAUGGGAAGCUUAUAAUAUUUUAAUAUUUUAUUAACAUGGAACAUUUGUUUUUUUAAUCUUUAGAACUUAAAUUGCACAAGGAACAUUUUAAAUAUUUUUUUUGUAUAUAAUCAUGACAUUGUUGUCACACAGAUAUUAUAUAUUUUAUGUGCCAGAAGCCUUAGAAAUCUUAUGAAAAUGUUGGUCUAUGUUGACAGUUAUUUCACAUUUGAUAUGUAGUGAGGAAUAGGGGUUAGUAUAUGUCCAUAUUGGAGAACUUCAAAGACUACUUGGAGGUUCCAGAAAUCUUUGUUUUAAUUAAAAUAAAAUGAUAAAGUCAUUAUGUAGUUCAGAUGCUAAUAUUCUAAAUAAUAUAUAUAUAUAUAUAUAUAUAUAUAUAUAUAUAUAUAUACAUUAAAGCUAAAACUAUUAAGCCAAACAAUGCCUAAUUUGUUGGCUUAUAACUGUAUUGGGGUCUAGAGCUCAUUCAUGUUCUAGUCCUACUUUAAGAAUCUAAUUGCUCAUUUAUUCUCAAAGCUUUGUCAAACAAGUUGAUGUUAAGUUGGUUUUCACUAAAUUAGCUCUUGGGAUGUCUGCCUCUUUGGACGAUAUGUUGAUUUUUUCAAUGUUUAAUAAAAGCAAGUUAUAUGUUU